AUGGAGCUAAACGUUUUUAUUAACUUUGUGGAGCCUGGGGGGGAAUCGGGCACUCUUCAGGCCUUAGACACGCCACAGAUGCAACUGGAACUGAAAUCCAAUGCAAGCAGCUAUCGACUGGCGGGAAAAAUUACCGAGAGAGCUCUGGUCGUGGUCUAUCUGGUGCAAUCACAGCUGGAUCCAGUGGUGGCUGAGCAGCUGACGCAGCUGCUGGGUGAGCUUCAUCAGCUUCAAAUUGUGUUCGUGUGCCGAGAGGAACCCACGUCGUGGCAGCAGCAGGAAAUCUUUACCUACUGCUACCAGAGUGGAUUUCUGCAGGUUUUACUGAUGCACCGGAGCUCGCUCUACACCUAUCAGCCAUAUCCCUCGAUCCAGGCUGUGGAACUCUUCAAUAUCUCGGAAUAUCUGGCAAGAGAACGUAAGAUUCGAAACUUUUACGGCUUUCCCAUACGCACAAUUAUCACGAACAUUUCACCGCGGGACUUUUUCUCUGUCGACCACAACAACCGACUGGUGCGGACGGGCUACCUGUACCACGGACUCAAGGAGUUCACGGUACGCUACAAUGCCACACUGGUGGAAGUGCCUCUGCCAAAAGGCGGUGUGAUUGACCGUUACGAGGGCGUUAUUGAACUUCUCUUUGCAAGGGAAAUCGACUUUGUGAGUUAUCCGAGGGAUCUCAUAUGGCCUGUGCAGUCCACGGUGCCGUUUUCGAUAUUGAAUGAAUACCUUCUGGUGCCACAUGCCCCACCCAUCGCCAGGUAUCUGUACUUUGCCAAGCCCUUCGGUUGGAGUCUCUGGUUAAUCCUGGUGGCCACAGUAUUUUAUGUGACGAUCAUGCUCUUCGCUGUCCGUUCGGGACGGCAAGGUCGCCAAAUGGGUGUCUGCUUUCUGCGCAGCUUGAGCCACUUUCUGUACAUCUCAAACCAUGAGACGCGCAUCUCAGUGUGGCAGGAUUUGCUGACGUAUCUGAUACUAACGUUAAGUGGAUUCAUUCUGACCAAUGUCUAUCUGGCCAUGCUCUCGAGCAUGCUAACCUCAGGACUGUACGAGCCACAGUACACCACCCUGGAGAGCCUGGCGAAGGCGCCCUAUCCCACCCUGCACGACGAUUACUAUUUAGCGACAUUUAGGACGAAAACAUUUCUGCCCGAGCCUGUGCUCAGGAACAGUCUUUCCACGGAUGUCCCCACGCUGGAAAAGUUGCGCAAUGGCCUCGAUAACCGAUAUAUGUAUUGCCUCUAUGAGGAUCGCAUGGAGCUGCUGUUCCGACAGCAGUACCUACUGAAGACUCCUCGCUCCAAAGUUAUCCGCCAGAGCAUUGGGGCUGCCCUCGAGUCCUAUGUGGUAUCCAAUAGAUUGCCCUAUCUGAGAGUGUUCAACGAAUACGCGAGGAGAAUCCAGGAGCAUGGCAUUCUGGACAAGAUGAAGAUGGACACCUGGCGAAUUAUGAUUAAGACUGGAUUGCUCACUCUGAUGCGGGAUGAGGAGCCCGCGUCCCAGGCCUAUGACUUGGAGUUUUAUUUCAUUGCAUUUUUCCUGUGGGCCGCUGGCUUGACCCUCUCCGUGCUGGUCUUUGUCUUGGAAUUGGUCAAGCAGCGCCACCACAAUAGGUCUUAAUUCGUAUCAAAUUAUGUGUCCAAUUGCUUUGCCCUGCCAUCAUUUUAACUAUGAAUUAAUCUA